AUGGCGCCCGAAGACGGCUCGCACUCGACCCAAGAAGCUUGUGCCCACGUGACAGAGCUCAAGGAGAGAGGCAACCGGAAGCUUGCUGCCAAAGACUUUGAAGGUGCACUACGCAUCUAUGCAGAGGCUUUGCGGGAUCUGGAUGCCCUCUUAGAGCCUGGAAGGGGCGAUGCCUCGUCUGUCAAGCAACUGGCAGCGGCUCUUCAUUCAAACAGCGCACAGGCCCUGAUGAAGCAGAAAAGAUGGCUGGAGGCAAUCGACAGAUGCUAUGCUGCCUUGCGAUAUUAUCCGAGCCACUCCAAGUCGUCAUGGAGAGGUGCAAGCUGUGCCGUCGAGGCCGGCAUGCAUGACGUCGCUAUCGCAUUUGCUGAGAAUGGAUUGCUGCAGAAUCCGAGCUGCGCCGAGCUCUUGGACUUGCGAUCCAGGCUUGGCCCAUUGUCCGAUGGGGACGGGUAUGGCGCACCAGAUUUCGCAGACGGUGGAAGUGACGACGAGAUCCGUCCGGCAAGCUGGCAUCUGCCGGCUUGCACAAAGGAGGCCAAGAGAAUGCCGCUGAAGCCGGGCAAAGAAAAAGGAGAUUGA